GGGGCCGUUGCCGAUCGGCAGCUCAUCCUGGCCAAGGUGCGGGCUCGGGUGCUGGAGCAUCUGAACCCCCCGCUUCUCCAGGAGGAGCCCCAGAAGGAGGCGAGGAGGGUGCACCGGAGAGACGUCCUUGAAAACACCAAAGUCGAGCUCAACGAGCCGGAGGACACCUCCCAGGUGAUCCUCUUCCCUUCCACAGACAUGCCCUGUGAGCCCAUGCAGCCGGACAAGCUGCUGGAGGAAGAAGGGAUUUUCACCUACCUCUUCCAGCCCUCGGCGCACACCCUGAGCUGUGCGGUGACCUCUGCCCAGCUCUGGUUUUACACCGGCCCCUCGGCUGCCCCCAACCACUCAGCCCCUGAUGUGCUGACCCUGUCGCCACAGGGCCGCAUGCCGGUGACGGCCACGGCGGUGCGGACACCCGAGGACUGGACAGUGUUUCACUUCGCCCCGGCGCUGCUGCCCCAGGCC